ACGUGUAGUACAACAGUUUCGUAAAAGGUGCUGCAAUUCCGUCCUGCCGCAUAUUGGCCGAAGAACGAACUAAGUUCGCCGACAAUCGUUCUAAAAUCAUUCUGUGUGAUCAGCUGUUUCUCAUUCGAUUUGUUAUUUGUUGUGUUUUUGGGAACGAAAUGGCAUACCGCGCAUUGUUGCAACAUGCGAGUAGGGUUAACAAGAGCAGUCCUAGAUUAAGCAGAUUAUUUUCAAGUAAAAGCUCAGAAGUAGAAAAGAAACCUGAUUUGGCACAGCGCAAGGAUCUCCAAGAGUUUCUUCAGUCGCCAGAGGAGACUAAAUAUAUACAAGCCUUAAAAAGCACAAUUACCGUAGGUGAUGAGGAUAUUGGUUGCGUUUCCGGCGUACCUGAAGAGCAUAUUAAGACUCGCAGAGUACGGAUUUACCAGCCUGCCAAAAGUGCCAUGCAAUCAGGAACAAAUAAUAUUCACUUUUGGCAAAUGGACUUUGAUACGCGCGAACGCUGGGAAAAUCCGUUGAUGGGCUGGACUUCUACUGGGGAUCCUAUGUCAAAUGUCACAGUUGAUUUUGCGACAAAGGAGGAGGCGAUCGCACACUGCAAAAAGAUGAGAUGGGAUUAUUAUGUGCAAGAGCCGAAUACUAAUCAAUCGAAACCUCGUAGCUACGGGAUGAAUUUCUCUUGGAAUAAACGUACCAGAGUUUCGACUAAAUAAUCCAUAAACUUCUUUAAAAGUUAAUUUGUAAUUUCAUGUAAUAGCAACGAUGUGAGCGCGUCGUUAAUCGUAGUCGCCUAACAUCCUGAAACAAAUUAAUAUGUAUCAUAAU